AGGACGAAGUCUUCAGGCUGGCCACCUCCCUCGGGAACCUGGGGCUUGAACCAGGUACCACCCUAUGGAUGGGAGAUGACUGCGAACCGGGAUGGCCGGGACUGCUUCAUCAAUCACAUGACACAGGCCAUCCCCUUUGAUGACCCUCGGUUGGAGAGCUACCAAAUCGUCCCUCCGGCCCCACGGAGUGUGGAGAUGAGGAGGGACCCCGUGCUGGGGUUUGGUUUUGUGGCGGGGAGUGAAAAGCCAGUAGUCGUUCGCUCUGUAACACCAGGUGGCCCCUCCGAAGUCAAGCUGAUUCCGGGAGAUCAGAUUGUAAUGAUUAAUGAUGAGCCUGUCAGCGCUGCGCCGAGGGAGCGGGUCAUCGACCUGGUCAGAAGCUGCAAAGAAUCAAUCCUCCUCACUGUCAUUCAGCCUUACCCUUCUCUCAAAUCAGCAUUUAUUAGUGCUGCAAAAAAGGCAAGAUUAAAGUCCAAUCCAGUCAAAGUGCGAUUCUCCGAGGAGGUCAUCAUCAAUGGCCAAGUGUCGGAAACUGUUAAGGAUAAUUCACUUCUUUUUAUGCCAAAUGUUUUGAAAGUGUAUCUGGAAAAUGGGCAGACCAAAUCAUUUCGCUUUGACUGCAGCACCUCCGUAAAGGAUGUCAUCUUAACUCUUCAAGAGAAGCUCUCCAUCAAAGGCAUCGAACACUUCUCCCUCAUGCUGGAGCAGAGGACGGAAGGGGCCGGAACCAAGCUGCUGUUGCUUCAUGAACAGGAGACUCUAACUCAGGUGACACAGCGGCCCAGCUCCCAUAAGAUGAAGUGUCUUUUCCGCAUUAGCUUUGUCCCGAAGGAUCCAAUUGACCUUUUACGGAGAGAUCCAGUUGCUUUCGAGUAUCUCUACGUUCAGAGUUGUAACGACGUGGUUCAGGAGCGAUUUGGGCCCGAGCUGAAAUACGACAUAGCCCUGCGGCUGGCAGCCUUGCAAAUGUACAUCGCAACCGUCACCACCAAGCAAACACAGAAAAUCUCCCUCAAAUACAUCGAAAAAGAAUGGGGAUUAGAGACUUUUCUUCCCUCUGCUGUGCUGCAAAGCAUGAAAGAGAAGAACAUAAAGAAAGCACUUUCACACCUUGUCAAAGCAAAUCAAAACUUGGUACCACCGGGUAAAAAGCUCUCUGCACUGCAAGCCAAGGUCCAUUAUCUCAAGUUCCUCAGUGAUCUUCGACUGUACGGGGGUCGCGUGUUCAAGGCAACAUUAGUGCAGGCAGAAAAGCGCUCAGGAGUGACUCUUCUGGUGGGGCCCCGAUAUGGCAUAAGCCAUGUCAUAAACACCAAAACCAAUCUGGUGGCUCUUUUAGCUGACUUCAGCCACGUCAAAAGGAUCGAGAUGUUUACCGAGGAAGAAAGCUUGGUGAGGGUAGAGCUCCAUGUGUUGGAUGUGAAGCCCAUCACGCUCCUGAUGGAAUCAUCAGAUGCCAUGAACCUGGCCUGCUUAACCGCUGGCUACUACCGGCUACUUGUGGAUUCCAGGAGGUCAAUAUUUAACAUGGCCAAUAAGAAAAACACAGGGACCCAGGAAACAGUGGACACCCAGUAAAUGUGGCUGAUGGACAGACACUAGCAUUCAAACCAGAGCUGCUGACCCAUGACAAACUUAGAAUUAUGGGGCGCCAGGGUGGCUCAGUCGGUUGAGCGCCCGACUUCGGCUCAGGUCACGAUCUUGCAGUUCGUGAGUUCGAGCCCCACAUUGGACUCGCUGCUGUCAUCAUGAAGCCCGCUUCGGAUCCCUCUGUCCGCCCACCCUCCCUCUGCCCCU